AUGCCUCGUCCUCCGUCUCAGAGUGACUAUCUUUUGCCGCCGCCCCCCUCUCCUCCAUCAAUCACCAGCUCCCGGCUGGCGGUCCUGCUCGCCACGUGCAGAGCCCUCAUGCGAUCUCCUUCUGGCGACUCUCAUCACGUCCGGAUGCUCGUAGAUCCUGGCUCCGAACUCACAUUCAUCUCGAGAUCUUUGGUGAAACAACUACAAUUCCCGAAGCAACCAUCGGCGAUCCCUAUCCUCGGCAUCGGCGGGUUUCAUUCCGGACGCACGUGUGGCACCGUCUCGGUAACCCUUCAAUCCAUCCACUCUCCUUGGUCUAUUCUCAUUACCGCUCACGUGCUUCCCAAGCUCAUCACCCGACUUCCCUUAUUUGGGCCUUUAGAUCGCCAGUGGACUCAUCUGCAGGGACUUCUCUUGGCGGACCCGACCUUUCUCAUCCCGGGACGCAUCGAUUUAAUUCUCGGAGCGGACACGUAUGGACUCUUCGUUCAAUCGGAGAUUCUCAAGGGGGCCGAGUAUGAGCCCGUCGCUCAACGCACCAUCUUCGGCUGGAUCGUUCUCGGUCCACUCUCAAUCCCAUCACCUUCCGAGACCACGGCCUGCCAGGCCACCGCGAGUCAAGACAUUCAUGAUCUUCUGACCUCAUUCUGGCUUCAGGAGGAAGUCCCCUCCACAACCGCUAACCUCUUCACCCCGGAAGAAGCAGAAUGUGAGACCCACUCCAAGGCCACCCACUCGCGGGACCCCUCCGGCUGUUACAUUGUACGGCUCCCAUUCAAGUCACCGGCCACACAACUGGGUAACUCUCACCAGACCGCUCAGGCGUGCUUGCAGCGCCUCUUACGACGCUUCUCAUCGGACGAGGCCUACCGGCUCCGCUACUCUUUAUUCAUGCGCGAGUACGAAGAGUUACGGCACAUGACAAGGGUCCCUCUUUGCCGCUCAGACUCAACUCCGGUAUACUACCUCCCCCACCACGCGGUACUCAAGGGGGACGACAUUAGGGUGGUCUUCAACGGCUCCAGCAUCACCAGCACCGGCUUAUCCCUGAAUGAUCUACUUCAUACGGGCGCCAAACUGCAGUCUGACAUUUCUGACGUCCUCCUCUGGAUCCGGCUGCAUCGGUACAUAUUUAUCACAGACAUCCGGAAAAUGUUCCGUCAGAUCAUGCUUCACCCGGACGACUGGGUAUUUCAGCGCAUUCUCUAG